CCAGUGACUGAAACGUUAAAAUUGUAAAAUCGUUGCAAAGUGGAAAAGAAGAGAAAAAAGGUGCGGUGGUGUUGAGUUGUUUUGUUUCCUCUGAAAAUUCACAGAACUCGCUCACACACAACGCAACGCAACGCAAACACUCUCUUGCUUCGCAUCAGAUCCAAAUCUCUCUUCGUUUCGCCGAUUCGGAUCUCCGAUUGAUCUCCGCCUCCGAUUCCUUCUCCUCGCAAUUGGAUCCGAUUUGAGCUUCUCGCCGUACACAAUCAUCGUCAAUCAUGAACCCGUUCUCUUCAGGAACGCGUUUGAGGGACAUGAUUCGGGCCAUACGUGCUUGUAAGACUGCAGCAGAAGAACGAGCUGUUGUAAGAAAAGAAUGUGCUGCCAUUCGUGCUGCAAUAAAUGAAAAUGAUAAUGACUAUAGGCAUCGGAACCUGGCUAAGCUAAUGUUCAUCCACAUGCUUGGUUACCCCACACAUUUUGGUCAAAUGGAAUGCCUCAAGUUGAUAGCAUCUCCUGGAUUUCCAGAGAAGAGAAUAGGUUAUCUUGGCCUCAUGUUGCUUCUUGAUGAAAGACAAGAAGUUCUAAUGUUGGUCACCAAUUCUUUGAAACAAGAUCUUAAUCACACAAAUCAGUAUAUAGUGGGACUUGCUCUUUGUGCUUUAGGAAACAUUUGUUCAGCAGAAAUGGCUCGUGAUCUUGCACCAGAGGUUGAGAGAUUGCUUCAAUUUCGAGAUCCAAAUAUUCGGAAGAAGGCAGCAUUAUGCUCUAUAAGGAUCAUAAAGAAAGUUCCCGACUUGGCAGAAAAUUUUAUCAACCCUGCUACUUCCUUACUCAGGGAGAAGCAUCAUGGGGUUCUGAUCACUGGGGUUCAGCUUUGUACAGAUCUGUGUAAAAUUAGCACUGAAGCUCUUGAACAUAUUAGGAAGAAAUGCACAGAUGGUUUGGUCAGAACUCUUAAGGAUCUAGCCAAUAGUCCAUAUUCACCAGAGUAUGAUAUUGCCGGUAUCACAGACCCAUUUCUCCACAUCAGAUUGCUUAAACUUUUGCGAGUGUUGGGUGAAGGCAAUGCUGAUGCUAGUGACACCAUGAAUGACAUACUUGCCCAGGUGGCUACAAAGACUGAGUCAAAUAAAGUUGCAGGGAAUGCCAUUUUAUAUGAAUGUGUUCAAACAAUAAUGAGCAUUGAAGAUAAUGGUGGCUUACGUGUACUUGCCAUUAAUAUCCUGGGAAGAUUUUUGUCAAAUCGUGACAACAAUAUCAGAUAUGUGGCAUUAAACAUGCUAAUGAAGGCUGUAACUGCUGAUGCUCAGGCAGUACAGAGGCACCGUGCAACAAUUAUAGAAUGUGUGAAGGAUUCAGAUGCUUCGAUUCAGAAAAGAGCCCUUGAACUUGUUUAUGUUUUGGUGAAUGAAACUAAUGUGAAGCCCUUGGCAAAAGAGCUUAUAGAUUAUCUGGAAGUCAGUGAUCUUGAUUUCAGAGGGGACCUUACUGCCAAAAUUUGCUCCAUUGUAGCAAAGUAUUCCCCAGAGAAGAUCUGGUAUAUUGAUCAGAUGCUCAAGGUUCUGUCUCAGGCUGGAAAUUUUGUAAAAGAUGAAGUAUGGUAUGCCUUAAUUGUUGUGAUAACCAAUGCUUCUGAGCUUCAUGGAUAUACAGUAAGAGCAUUAUACAGAGCAUUUCAAAUGUCAGCUGAACAGGAGACUCUAGUUCGAGUUACAGUGUGGUGCAUUGGGGAGUAUGGUGACAUGUUAGUUAAUAAUGUUGGAAUGCUUGACAUAGAAGAUCCAAUAACAGUGACUGAGUUCGAUGCAGUUGAUGUCGUAGAGAUUGCUAUAAAACGCCAUGCAUCAGAUCUUACCACAAAAUCGAUGGCUUUGGUUGCACUAUUAAAGCUCUCUUCACGUUUCCCUUCAUGUUCAGAGAGGAUCAAAGAAAUUAUUGUUCAGUUCAAAGGGAGCUUUGUGCUAGAAUUGCAGCAGAGAGCUAUUGAAUUCAAUUCGAUUAUUGCAAAGCAUCAAAAUAUUAGGUCUACACUUGUAGAAAGGAUGCCAGUUUUGGAUGAGGCAACUUCCAUUGGUAGGAGGGCUGGGUCUCUACCAGGUGCAGCUUCAACUCCAACUGCACCUUCAUUUAAUCUUCCAAAUGGAACAGCCAAACCUGUGGCUCCUCUUGUAGAUCUACUUGAUCUAAGUUCAGAUGAUGCUCCUGCACCUAGCUCUUCUAGUGGAGGAGAUAUUCUUCAGGACCUUCUUGGUGUUGAUCUUUCACCAGCAUCACAACAAUCUGUUGCUGGCCAAGCUUCAAAAAGUGGCAACGAUGUUCUUUUGGAUCUUUUGUCUAUUGGAUCACCUUCUGUCGAAAGCAGCUCAUCUACAGUAGACAUCUUAUCCUCCAAUUCGAGUAACAAAGCACCAGUUUCCUCGUUGGAUGGUCUCUCAUCUCUUUCACUUUCUACAAAAACAACUUCAAAUGCUGCUCCUAUGAUGGAUUUAUUGGAUGGAUUUGCCCCCAUCCCGCCAACAGAAAACAAUGGACCGGUUUAUCCAUCUGUAACUGCAUUUGAGAGCAGCUCCUUGAGGUUGACAUUCAAUUUCUCAAAACAACCAGGAAACCCACAAACAACAGUUAUCCAGGCUACUUUUAUGAAUUUGUCCUCCAAUACAUAUACAGAUUUUGUUUUCCAGGCAGCAGUUCCUAAGUUUCUUCAGUUGCACUUAGAUCCAGCUAGCAGCAAUACUCUUCCCGCAAAUGGGUCCAUAACCCAAAGUUUGAAAAUUACUAAUAGCCAACAUGGGAAGAAAUCUCUUGUCAUGCGUAUAAGGAUUGCAUACAAGAUAAAUGGCAAGGAUACACUGGAGGAAGGACAAGUUAAUAAUUUUCCUCGUGGUUUAUGAAGCCCAAUCAAUGAUCAGGGGUCAGUAAGGUGAUGCACAAAACCCUUCGUUUUCCCCGGCACUCUAUAGUUAUUGGUGCGGUUUUCAUGUUUCAUUCCUUCAAUUGAGGAAGGUAUGGUUCGAGAAUCUGGACCACUUUUUGGCUUAAAUUUGAAGUCGAUUUGGUGGCUUCACAUCGUUGUUUUACCUUUUUCUUUUACUUAGGUGAUUUAUGUACAUUAGUACAACAUAUUCCUGUAUGAAAAUGCCAUAGUCAAAUUUUGCCUCUCAAGGCGCUGAGAGUUGUGUCAUGUUGAGUACUUGAGGUGCUUUCUUGCUAUUUUUUCGGAGGUAGUUGCUCGGUCUUGCUGUCUAAAGUUAUAGUGUUGUUGAAUGCAAUUUGGUAUCUUUUAGACGAUUGGUAUAUUUGAUUUUUAUGUAACUUUUCCCCCUCAAGAUUAAUGAAAAUGUAAUCUCAAAAUAAUGUCAACUUUCUUGUUCGGUUUUUGACUGUUUAAUUGAAAUUUGAAAGGGGAUUAUCCCACUGUGA